AUGUUGGAGAAACUAGCAGGCUACUUCAACCAGGAAGAACUGGCUGAUCCGUUUUUAAAAUGGUCUUUGGAUCCGACAGCCGAAAACUUGUAUUAUAGACAUGGCCACGAGAUUGUUGCAUCGUUCUUGAUGUACCAAUUUGUUCUCUACCCACUGGUGGCACCCUUCCUCAACCGUGUGAUAUUUGGAAAGCACUAUACGGAGAAGGAUGAAGCGGACAAGGUGAAUUUCGACAUCCAUACGGUGUCGAUGAUACAGAGCAUUGUUUCAUGCUACUUGAUAUGGCCACUCUUGUGGAUUCCAUUUGGAUACAAUGUUAUAACUUACUACAAUUCAUACGCGUCAAUGGUUUCUUCGGUCAGCAUCGGGUACUUCUUGUGGGAUUUGUACGUAUGUUUGAAGUACUACAGAUUGUUUGGAAUUGGUUUCUUGUUCCACGCAGUGGCAGCACUCUCUGUGAUCGGGAUCACUCUACGUCCAGUGUGUCAGGCAUGGGUCGGUAGAUUCUUGUCAUUCGAGGCUUCUACACCAUUCGUCAACAUCAAUUGGUACAUCAUUCAGGUGUCACGUGGUUCUACUAAACCCGUUGUUCCAACUUGGUUGAACGUGUUGAACGGGUUGCUAUUGAUCUCUGUAUUUUUCUUUGUUAGAUUGGUGUGGGGAUUCAUCGCUAUUUCGAUUCUAACCUACGAAAUGUACCAGAUCUGGGACCAGAUUCCAUUGUACAUUUCGGCCAUUAUUCUUGGAAUUAACAUUUCAUUGGAUUUCCUAAACAUCCACUGGUUCUCCAAGAUGAUCAAAAUCGCAAAGAAAAUGGCCAAUGGCUCAAAGAGAGUUUCUAAAAUUGACUGA